AUGUUUGAUACGCCACUCAACACGGGCUUAUGGUAUGCAUUAGGGGGCUUCAAAACCAGCGCCAUCGAGAGUUUGAGAAACUUAGCUAACGAACUACCACCUGACUUAAGAAGAACAUACAACACCAUUCUAUAUGCAGCCAGAAUACUAAUCAAUAUUGAAAACCCUUCAAACAAAUACCUAGAUAAAAACAUAAAAGAAGCUGAAGAAUAUCAAAUAGACCUACAACGCCUAGUAAAAAGAAAAUUUCCAAAUUCCCCUCCGUGGAAAAUGUAUUUUGUCAUUAACCUAGAAAUCUCAGAAUUCAAAAAAGAAAACACCAGUCCAUCUAUGUACAGAAACAUUUUUCAAAACACAAUACAAAAAUACCAUAACUACAAACACAUUUACACCGAUACAUCCAAAAUAGACAAUAACGUUGGAAUAUCCAUGGUAACUGAAAACUAA